UGCAGUCCGUUUCUGGCAUAUUUACCGUAAAUAUAACCUGUUUCCACGUGUCAAAAAAUUAAUACUCCACUGUUCCAGAGCUUUCUACACGAUAAUAUAACAUCAGAAUCCCUGCUUGGAGGAAUAAGAGUGAAUUAAUUUCUCAAGAUCAAAACUAUACAAUCUAUAUAAUGACCAGGUAUUGGCUCUAAGAUCGAAGCAAACCGACCAAAAUCGAUCGUCCUACAAUGCAGUGAAGAGUCACAUAUCAUUUCCCCCACCAUGAACUCUGCCAUUGGUGCGCCGAGCAAAAGAGAAGGGUUCUAUUCAUCAACCGUUCAAUAAAACGAAUCCGCGACGAAGAUUCUAUAUGCAAAUGGUUAAAAGAUUUCAUACGAAUGUUGGACAUCGUCAAGGAGAUUGAAAGUAUUUAAUAGUGAAGAUAAACAGUAACAUUUUACUGUCUUCAAUUUUAUAAUGGAGGAGACACAAACUGGAAUAGUGGACAAAUCAGAAUCUAGUUCUACAGUCUCAAGUGUCAAUAAAAUUGAUAUUGAUGAGCUGACAAAGGAAAAGGAAGAAGAAUUAUUAUAUGGUGUAGAAGAAGGAGACGAUGAAGAUACACUGUCUGAUGAUAGUCUACGCUUAAGAUUAUCUGACGAUGAGGAAAUUGAACAAGAUACUAUAGUAAACGACACAAAUAUAGCAAAAUUAAAAUCGCAGAGUAGAACAAGUGAACAACAAAUUUUAGGUACAAUCGUAGAAGAGACAUCUUCCGAUGUACAGCAGACUGUGAAGAAAGUUUCUAAGCCUGAUAUUGAUGAAAAACCAACGCAGGAAAUACAUAACACAGAAAUCAAGAUUCCAGAAAAAUCAGCAUUAGGUGAAUAUGCAUCUGAAAAUGAACCAAUACAAGAUAAUACACAUAAUUUGGAAAAUACCAGAACGACUGUUAGUAAAUCUAGUGAAAAGUGUAUGUUUACAUCUAGCAAAAACUUAAAAAUAACGGAUGUAAAGAAUGAGUAUUUAAGUACGGAAUCUGAACAACAUAUAACAAUAUCAUUAAAAAAUGAUAAUUUAUCUGUAAUAAAUAAUCAUAUACAAACAGGUAAUCAUCGAAACGCGGGCCUAACAACUCAUAAUGAAGAAAAUCUAAAAGAAACAGCCAGUGAUGGUAAAGAAAUAAUUGCAAAAAAUACCUGUGAACCAAAUAAAUUAGACAAUGUAGACAAUAAUAGAUCUGCAGAUUCUGCUAAUAUUAAGAUCUAUACUGAUGAAAAAUUGUCUACGAUUACAACUAUUUCUAACAGUAAUGAUGAUAAUUUAAAAGAUGAAAUACUAGAAAAACCUAUUACAAAUGAUAAUUAUUCAUUGAAAUGUUCAUAUGCCGAAUCUAAUGUUACUUCAGAUUGUGUGGAUUUAGUAAAAACUGAAAAUUCUAAUGAUAAUAAUAACUCAUCAUCUCAUAAAGACAUUAUUGCACAUAAAAGCAAAAAUAACAAUUUACAACCUGUGGAUAUAACAGAAAGCAAAAAUGCAUCAAAUAUAUCAAGAAUCAUAGAUAAGGUGAUGAAUAUUUCGUUGAUACAAAAUCAAAAUAAUUUAUCCAAUAUUAAAGAUAAUGCAGAAGUAACGAACAAAGACCGUGAUACUAAUAAUAAAUCUGUAAACGAAACUGUAAAUAAUUUAUUAGAACAAACUGUUUUAUUAACACGUAACGAUGUGAAUAAUUCUGAUAACGAUAAUGGAAUUAAAAACGUUAAUACUGUUAUUAUUCCAAGAAGAAAACGAAUUAAAAAAACAGUUGAUAGAACACAAGAUCAUGCCGAGGAAAUACAAGAGGAAAAGGAGAGUGAAAAGCGGAAGACUACAGAAGAGAUAAUCAGGAAAAAAUAUCUUAAUAGCGACAGCGAUUCCAACGAUAAUACGGAUCACUCCAUAAUAGCAAAUAAUAAAUUCAAUCCGGAUAUACCUGUGCCACCUUUAAUAGCGAUAAAACGUAAUUGUCCAGAAAGCGAGAUUUUUAAUGGUGCUAAAAAAGCGAAAAUGAAUAUCAAUUCUGAGGAAAAGAAGGAUGUCUCACAAUUAGCUUUCGUUGAGAAAUUUUUCCGGAGGGAUAUUAAAGAAAAAUUACCAAAACUUACACAGGAAGAACUGGAAGAACUCUUGAUUCAAAAGAUCGUCGAAACGAUUACGAUGCGUAGUGAAAUUGGACAGCUUAGAGAACAAGCACGCAUAUCAGAAAGGUAUCAGGAAAUAACACGUAUAAAGAUGGAACAAUUAAAGAAGCAAAUAAAGGAUUUUGAGUUGGUUCUGGAACGUAAUGAGAAAGACCGUCGUGCAAAUCCCGAUAAGUCUGUCGCCCCUAUAAAGAUAAACAGAUCCGUAGGCUUGCAAGUCAGCUUCAUAACGGAACAUGGAAUACAGAACUUACGGCAGACUGCAAAUCUUAAAUCUGCAAUAAACAUCGUAAAUAACAAUAAUUCUUCACCUUCUAUUGAGACAAAUAAUAUUGUAACAAGCCCAAGACGUGGUGGAAUCAAAGUAAGAUCACCCCGGCCUGUAGUGACAAUGCCUGCUCCUGUAAUGACACAGAGUUCAGCCCAAACAGCGCCUCUUAUUUCAACCGUGACACCCGCGGCUUUAGUUGUUGCUAAACCCUUGGAACCCCAACAAUCUUUAACGUUGUCUAACCAGCCUGCAAAUAUGAAACCAAUCUUAACUCCUCCGCAACAGCAAAUUCAAUCGCAGCCGCAGCCACAGCCGCAGCCGCAGUCACAGCAAACUAUUGUCAUAAAUGGCAAAAUAAGUCAAAUAAAUAAUCGUCCUAUAGCUCCGAAGCUAAAAAAUAACGAUCUUAUCGACCUUACGGAUGAAGAAGAAAAGAAUAAAUCAAAUGCAAAAGCUACGACUGUAGCUACAACUCCUAUAAUUGAGCAACCAUUGAAUGCAACACCGAAAUCUACGCAAUCAUUUCAAAGGGUAUUACAAACAAUACCGGCAAAUGUAGCAAUUACAACACAACCGAUAAAAGUGAUAACAACUAGCCAACAGCCAGCACAAACUGCCUUUGUUAAUAAUGUAAAUCCACCCAGACUGGCGUAUGUAAUGCAAAGUGGCACGGGUACACCAAGACAGGUAUUGAUAGCGUCGAACCCUAAUCAACAAGUACAGAUACGUCCAGUGAACACACCUAAUAGACCAUCGUUUUCAACUGUUACUUACAAGGGUAUAUCAACGAUUACGAAUGGUACUGUUCGCUUAGUAACCACGCCAGUUCUGCCAAAUGUACAGAUAAAUAAGCAUCCUGCACCCCUGCCAGACAUUCCAAAUUACGCACCGACGCCUGGCUGGAAACUUCCACCGCCUGCACCAUCGUUAAAGAUUUCAAAAGUGUCAAAUGGGAUAGUUCUAUCAUGGAACAUGAGUCUAUCGGAUAAAUAUGCGGAUAUCGCCAGUUAUCAAUUGUAUGCGUAUCAGGAAGUCGCUGGUGUGAAUCCUAAUACGUCAUUAUGGAAGAAAGUUGGGGAUGUGCGUGCACUGCCACUGCCCAUGGCAUGUACUUUGACUCAGUUUUCCGAGGGUAAUAAUUAUUAUUUUGCCGUCAGAGCGGUCGAUACACAUUCUAGAAAAGGACAGUAUAGUAUACCUGGCAAUAUCUCUUUGUAGA